CCGGGCCGGGGCGCGGGGCCGGGGCGCUGCCUCCGCCCUCCCGCUCCUCAAACCCCCGCGGAGCCUCCGCUCCUCACCCCGAGCACGGAGAGAGAGAGGGCCGGGGACAGCCGUCCCCGCGCCCGCCGCCGGCGGGGCCGCAGCCAUGGACGAGCAGAGCGUGGAGAGCAUUGCCGAGGUGUUCCGAUGUUUUAUUUGUAUGGAGAAGCUACGGGAUGCUCGCCUGUGCCCCCACUGCUCCAAGCUGUGCUGCUUCAGCUGCAUCCGGCGUUGGCUGACUGAACAAAGAGCUCAGUGCCCUCAUUGCAGGGCCCCACUGCAGCUCCGGGAGCUCGUCAACUGUCGCUGGGCAGAGGAGGUCACCCAGCAGCUCGACACACUCCAGCUGUGCAAUCUCAACAAGCAUGAAGAGAAUGAAAAGGACAAGUGUGAAAAUCAUCACGAGAAGCUCAGUGUUUUCUGCUGGACCUGCAAGAAGUGCAUCUGCCACCAGUGUGCACUUUGGGGAGGAAUGCACGGAGGACACACUUUUAAGCCCCUGGCAGAAAUCUAUGAGCAGCACGUCACCAAAGUGAAUGAGGAAGUGGCAAAGCUCAGGAGGAGACUCAUGGAGUUGAUCAGUUUGGUGCAAGAAGUGGAGAGGAAUGUGGAGGCCGUGCGCAGCGCCAAGGACGAGCGAGUGCGGGAGAUCCGGAACGCCGUGGAGAUGAUGAUUGCCAGGCUGGACACUCAGCUCAAGAAUAAACUUAUAACUUUAAUGGGUCAAAAGACAUCACUUACUCAAGAAACUGAACUUCUGGAAACUCUGCUUCAAGAAGUAGAACAUCAGUUACGAUCCUGCAGUAAGAGCGAGCUGAUAUCCAAGAGCUCAGAGAUCCUGAUGAUGUUCCAGCAGGUCCAUAGGAAGCCCAUGGCCUCCUUUGUCACCACUCCUGUCCCCCCAGACUUCACGAGUGAAUUGGUUCCAGCCUAUGACUCAACUACAUUUGUCUUGGAAAACUUCAGCACGUUGCGCCAGCGAGCGGAUCCCGUGUACAGCCCACCCCUGCAAGUGUCGGGGCUCUGCUGGAGACUGAAGGUUUAUCCGGAUGGAAAUGGAGUAGUAAGGGGCUACUACCUGUCUGUGUUCUUGGAGCUGUCUGCUGGAUUGCCAGAGACAUCCAAGUACGAGUACCGUGUGGAGAUGGUUCACCAGUCCACCAACGACCCCACCAAGAACAUCAUCCGCGAGUUCGCCUCCGACUUUGAAGUCGGAGAAUGUUGGGGCUACAACAGGUUCUUCCGCCUGGACCUGCUGGCCAACGAGGGCUACCUGAACAGGCAGAAUGACACCGUGAUCCUCAGGCUUGCAAUCGAACUGUCCCGGACCCAGAAGUCACGAGGGGUUUCACCUCCAGACACUCAUCUGAGUCCCCAGAACGAUGAUGGGUCAGAAACAAGGUCAAAGAAACCCGGCCAAAGCAUUGAAGCUCUGCUGGAGAACUUCUCUGCUCCGGGAUUAGCACGGGAGAGCAAGGAAGAGGAGGAAGAGAAGACCCAGCAGGAAGACUUGAAUCACGAGCUCUCAGAUGGUGACCUGGAUAUAGACCUUGCUGGGGAAGAUGAGGUGAACCACCUGGAUGGCAGCAGCUCUUCAGCAAGUUCAACAGCAACCAGUAACACUGAAGAAAAUGAUAUAGAUGAAGAAACUAUGUCUGGAGAAAAUGAUGUGGAAUACACCAGUACCAUGGAGCUGGAAGAGGGAGAUCUCGGGGAGGAUGCAGCAGCUGCUGCUACUCCUGGAGCAUCAGGUACAAGCCACAGCUACACCAGUGCCAGUGGGAGACCUUCCCGACGGGGAGCCAGUGCCCUGGGCUCCACAGCCAGCAGCAGUUUGCUGGAUAUAGAUCCCUUAAUUUUAAUCCACUUGCUGGAUCUGAAAGACAGGAAUGGUAUGGAAAACCUCUGGGGCCUUCAGCCACGUCCUCCUGCCUCUCUUCUGCAGAACAGAGCCUCAUCCUAUUCCCUGAAGGACCGGGACCAGCGGCGGCACCAGGCCAUGUGGCGAGUGCCUCCCGACCUGAAGAUGCUGAAGAGGCUGAAAACCCAGAUGGCUGAAGUCAGAAGCAAAAUGUCAGAUGUGAAGAACCAGCUGUCUGAAGUGAGGAGCAGCAAUGCUGGCUCUGGUGAGGGACAGCCCAGCUUCUUCUCCAUCGAGCAGGGGGCUCUGGCUGCCUGUGGGACCGACAGCUGCAGCAAACUGCAGGAAAUAGGGAUGGAACUGCUGACAAAGUCUUCAGUCACCAGUUGUUACAUAAGGAAUUCUGCCAGUAAGAAAAGCAGCUCAGCAAAACCCCUUCGCUCUGGAGCAGCGGGAAGUCUGUCCCUGAGGAGAGCCAUGGACUGUGGGGAUGUGAAUCUGCGCGGGAAGGGAGACACUCAGACUCCUGAAGGUGGCCUGGGCAGCUCCAAGCUGGGCAGUCGGCACCGGGCCCUGGCCGGCGCGGCAGAGGCGCUGCCGAAGGAGGACAGACCUUGUGAGGGCUCGGAUUCCGACGGGGGAGUUUCUGCCCUGACUGGCCUGGCUGCUGUGGAGAAGACCAGAAAAGUUGGUGCUCUGGGCUCGAACUCCAAGGGCUGUCGGACAGAAGGGGCGCAGGCAGGAGGUCUGGAGAACAACUCUGAGCCUGGGGAGCUGCAGGGAAUGGCCUCGGAAGGCACCUCUGCGGGGGCAGAGGAAGCCGGGGUGUGCCAGAAGCACGUCCUGCAUCUCCUGCCGGGAAUGAGCAGCGACAGUGACAUCGAAUGUGACACGGAGAACGAGGAGCAGGAGGAGGCUGCCUCACCCCCAGAGGUGUUCAACCAGGCCUUCUCUGUCCAGCCCUCGACCGAAGAACACUCCUCGGUGUUACCGGAUGGCGACCAAGUGAGUUCUGAUGAUCUCGGCUUUGUCCCUGGAGACGACACCACCAGGUAGAAUGUGGGCUUGGGGCCUGAAGACCCACCACUGCAUCCCUGGGGAGAGGGGUGUGCAUUCCCUGGAGCUGAGCCCGAGGCUGCUGUCGAUGGCUGUGUGUGCUCUCCAUUCUGUGGUUCUUCUGCCAUUGUCUUAAACCUGUCCCUGGGGCACAACGACCUUGGAAGGCCUUGCACUACAGGUUGCAUUCCUGCUGGCUCUGCCAGCCUCACGUGCUCUGAGGAACUGUUGGGAAGGUGCUGAGCCCUGUCCUGGGAGGUGUGUCCUGCUGGAAUAACCACAACUCUGGGACUGUCCUCAUUUUAACCCCCGGGGCCUGGCGAUGGCUCCAGAGCUGGGGUGGAACAGACACCACACGAGGUGUUUCCCCGGUCGGUGACGUGGACCAACCGCACCCAUUGCCAAAUUCUUUGCCACUGUUCGUUACAUUUUGAGCUGCUCAACUACUUGUGAAGCCCGUCUGGGAGCUGAUCCCUGGUUAGUGACAAAGCAUGAGGCCCUGUGAGUACCCGGUGUUGUCCCUGUCCUGCUGCCCGUGCCCUGUGUCCGUGUGAAUGUGCCGCCGUGGCCGUGCUGUACAAUUUAGUUUGAAACUGUUUGCACUUUGUUAAUAAAAUUGAAUGUUGAAACCUGA